AUGGGUUCAAAAAAGGUGUCGAGGGGCCCCCCAGGGGGCCCCUCUGGGGGCCUCCCCGGGGGCCCCGCGCCGGGUGCUGCGGGAGGGGGGCCCCAGGGGGCCCCCGAGGCCCCCGAACUCGACGAAGCAGCGCUGCAGCGGCUGCAGCAGCAGCUGCUGGAAGACGAAGAGUUUGCUGCAGACAUGAGGGCUUUGCUGCUGGCGAAGUUCAGGGCCAAACACCGCAAGGGGGGCCCCCAGGACUGCAGCGAGGACUCCGAAGAAGAAAAAGCCUCUAAAGUGGUGGACGGGGAGGCUCUUGAGGCGGAGGAAGAAGCAGCAAAUGCGGCUGUCUCAGAUGAACAAGCUUUGCUGCAGAAGCUGGAGGAGCUGAAGUACGAGCCGCCGCCGGGAAUGCGGCGAGUGCCUUUUGUGGAGACUUUGGCCAUUGUGGUCAGCCCUGAUGCUGCUGCUGCUGCUGCUGCUGCUGCUGGGGAAGAUGGGAAGGAAGCAGAAGAAGCUUUGGACGACCUCAAGAGGGAGGCCCGGUUGUACGCUCCUGCUGCUCCUGCUGCUGCUGCUGCUGCUGCUGGUAGUACUGCUGCUGCUGCUGUGCUGCUUUUUCUCCGCUUCGUGCUGCUCUCCGCUCCGUGCUGCUCCUGCGCUGCUGCUGCUGCUGCUGCUGCUGCUCCUCUUCCUGCUGCUGCCUAUUCCGCACUCCCGCUUCUCCCUGCGCUGCUCUUCCUCCGGUGCUUCCUCCCGCUCGCUUAG